ACAGGCUGCUUUGUGUCUCGAUGUGCCGAUGUGUUUUCUUUAAAGAAAGCAGAUAUUGAUUAAUUUACACAAACAUGUACAGAGAACUGCUGUUUGUGAUGGUAAUGUGCAAUGCAGCUGGGUUUAACAUUCAAAUAUAUCCAGUAAAACAUUUCACAAAUGAGGAUCCACUCCUUGGCCAAAUCAUCAUUCAGUCAAAAGAUGGAGUUUUUGUUCCUUCCCCGAUAUAUGGAAGACUUUUCAAGUGCGCUCUAGAUAAUGAAUGCACCAAAGUAAGCAUUAACGAUGAGAACCCAAAAGGCGUGAGAAAAGUAGCGUCAGUGGCUAGUCUGAUAUCAGAGGAGGAACAUGUUGUGAUGUGUAAUCAAGUUAGAACAAAGAAGUCAGGAACUGAGUAUUUGAAUGGAAAUUGCUCACUUGUGAGUCCUUCUGGAAAAGUCAAGCUAUAUCCUGCUGAAUUAGACAACACAAUGGACAAAAACAACGACAACAACAACAACAACAACAACAACAACAACAACAACAACAAUAAAUACCGAGGUGGAAGGAUUGAUCAAGUUAAAUGGAGGAAGAGAAGAGAAGCCCAAUUGAACCUUGAUGCACUUGAUAACGAGGAGGAAGAGGAAGAAGAUCCUGGGACAGAGAUUGCUUUUGUUCUGGAUGGCUCUGGCAGCAUUCAAUAUGAUGACUUUCAGAAAGCGAAAGACUUCAUCUACAACACCAUGUUCAAUGUUUGGAAAACAUGUUUCGAUUGUAAUUUUGCCAUAGUGCAGUAUGGUUAUUUUAUCAGGACUGAGCUCUCGCUACUAGACAAUGAGGAUGGUGCCAGAUCCUUGCAAAAAGUCAAACAAAUAAAGCAAAUUUACAAUCUCACAAAGACUGCCUCUGCCAUCAAUCACGUCCUCACGGAUAUCUUCAUCCCUGAGAAUGGAUCAAAAAAUAACUCUGAAAAAAUAAUAAUCGUCCUGUCUGAUGGAGAGAUUCUGGGAGACAAUAUGACUCUUGAUGAAGUUUUGAACAAGCCCCAAAUGCAAAAUAUCACUCGCUACUCCAUAGGGGUUGGCGAUGGCAUCCUGAAAAAACCUAAUGCAAUCAAAGAGAUGAUGCAAAUAGCAGAUCCUGGAAAAUAUUAUAAUGUUUCCAGUUAUGGCGCAUUAAAUGAUAUUCUGUCCUCGCUGGAAAGAGGGAUAAUUGGAACUGAAGGCACUCAGGGGGGAUUUGAAUUACAGCUCGCUGAAGCUGGAUUCAGCUCCCAUCUCUUGUACAACGAGCAGAAGGUUGAAGCCCUUUUUGGAGCUGUUGGAGCUUAUGACUGGAGUGGUGGGGUCUUCUUGAAAUCGGGCAACACGGUUAAAUUUUUGAAUGAUUCUCACAAUGAAACCAAAUUCGGAUAUUUAGGCUACAGUGUCUCUUCAGCUCAUUUGCCCUCUAAGACUCUCUACAUUUCUGGUGCACCACGGUAUAAUUUGACUGGUGGAGUAUUCAUAUUUGAUGGCUUAGAAAAGUAUGUGCUUCAUGGAGAUCAGGUUGGAUCUUACUUUGGAUCGGUUCUUUGUGUCUUGGAUAUUAAUAAGGAUGAACACACAGAUCAUCUACUAGUUGGAGCUCCACAUUUCCAUCUGAAUGGGGAAGAAGGCAAAGUGCUAGUGUACAAACUGAAUCAAGAGGACAGGUUUGAGCGUGAGCCUGUAGAGCUACAGGGUGAUGCAGGACAGACCUUUGCCAGGUUUGGUGCAGCCAUUGGCUCUAUUGGAGAUAUUGAUAACAACAAGUUCAAUGAUGUAGCAGUAGGUGCUCCUCUGGAAACAGACUCAGCUGGAAGCGUUUACAUCUACAGUGGUUUCGAAGAAGGCCUUCGCUUUUCACAAAAAAUCUCACCAUCGGAUUUUGGAAUGAAACUUGUGUACUUUGGUCAGUCAAUAAGUGUGGGACCUGCACCGGCAUCAGAUAUUCCCUGCAUCGCUGUUGGAAGUCAAGGGAGAGUUUCAGUUUUUCAAACUGUCCCUGUCUGGAUUAUCAAACCAACUAUCACGACUGAAAUAGAAGUCAUUGCUCUCACUCACCAGAUGAAUAAAAUAUCCAAAGACUUAAGCAUAAAGAUGACUGUUUGCUUUAACGUAAAAAAAGGAAAGCUUCAAGCUGAAAAUUCUGAAACACAGGCUGUUGAUUAUGAAAUUGACUUGGAUUCUGGUGCAAGCAAAAAGCGCCUCACUUUUGGCAAAGAGAGCCUCAUAAAAGACACGUUUACUCUGACACCAGAUGAAGAGUGCACUAAUAUGAAGCUAACAUAUUUGGGCUGCUUUGAUUGUUUUUCACCUAUUAAAAUCAAGCUGAGUUUUUCAUUGGCAUUCAACAAAGCCCCUAUUCGCAUUCUUGAUGCAUUUACUCCAGCAGAGGUUGUAAAAGAGAUUCCAUUUGAAAAGGAUUGCAAGGCUGCAGAUUGUAAACCUAGCAUUACAUUAUCUGAUUCAAAAAUAAGUGAAACCACUAUCACAAUGGGAGAAACUCAAAACCUGAAUAUUAAUUUCAAUUUCACCAACACUGGAGACCCUUCCUACAUGACCACCCUGACGCUGACGUAUCCCAGCAUACUCAGUGAGAGGAAAAUUGAAGGAGCCGCCUGUCCUGUAAAGACUGACAAUCAGAUUCAGUGUCAUCUUCAACACCCGGUUUUCACAAGAUCUGCACAGACCAAUCUCUUUAUCUCCUGGCAACUUAAUGACAAAUCUGAUCUGAAGAAGUCUGAGAUUAUAGCAAAUCUUACCAGUCAGAAUAAUGGCACUCAGCUUCUGGACUCUAGAAUAUAUACGUUUAAUGUGAUGUAUUCCCUACCAAUUCUUAUACAUGGCACAGCCAAACCUAACAGACUCCGUAUUGAAGAAGGGGGAAAAGGAAACACUCAGCCAAUCCAGUUUCUAGUUCAGUUUUCAGGUGAAAAUAAGUAUGGCGCUACGAUUGAUGUAAUUAUAAGCAUCAAAAAGGAGACCUCUAAAACCGAUCUACACAUCACUAAAGUCAAACCAGAGGUGUGUGUUCUCGAAGAAACUAUCAAGGUGGAGGAGGCAUCCUAUAUCUACAAAUGUACCCUAAAAGAGCUGCGGGAAAUCACCAUUGAUGCCAGUGUUUUCAUACAUGAUGUUCAGGGCAAAUCAGAAAAGAUCAUUGUUGUAGGCAAAUACAGCUAUGAUGAGACCAUCUAUUCUUCAAAGGAUACUAUAAAAAGCUUUACUGUGGAGGUGCCGAUUACCAAGCUGCAAGUGAUGACAUCCAAAGGCCCCAUCAUUGGAGGAUCCAUAGGUGGAUUUCUGUUCCUUUUGAUCUUCAUUAUCAUCCUCAUCAAGUGUGGAUUUUUUCGCCGCCGCCAUAAAGUGGAUCAAACACAGAAUCAAGACUGAAGAUCUGCAAAGAGAAACCAUGUGCACUGAUAUAUCUUGCUUAAGUUUGUGUCAAGUAAUUAUUGUUAUUGAGUUAAAGUUAAAUCUGGUACAUCUUGUUGUUGUUUUUUUAAUGUCGCAUAAAGAAAAGGUUUUAUUGAGUAAUUGUGUUUAAUAUAGUAUGUACAAAAAGAAUUGAAGAAAAUGAAUGUAUUUAAGUCAAUUUAAAUCCUUAAUAUCCCUUGAUCAGGGGAUAUUCCUGGACGCACAGUAUGCAGAAAUUAAGCUCAGAUUUAUUGAUACUCCAAAAUUCAUAAACUUAAGUCAAAGAAAUUUUAAGUGAAUCAUCAACAUCAACAUAUUGGUUGCAUGAAAGAGUUUUGGUAGUCAGUUUUUACCCGACUUCCCAACCCAGUCAAAGUGGAGUUUGACUGAAUGGUUGACAUACAUUUCAAGCUGAAAUGUGUUUAAACAUUUUCUUACAACCAACACACACCAUUGCAACCAACUUGCUCAUGCUGGGAGACCAGAAAAGAGACCCUAUUCUAUUGAAACUACAAAUAAAGUAAUUAAGCUGGUCAACCACCUCCUCUCGGUGUUUAGACAUUAACAGUCACACAUUGUGGUCAUGUGAAAUUAACUUAUUUUGAGUUCUCACAUGUCUGGCUAUGUUUAGAAUUGCAUCUGACCAACAAUGGUCACAGCUUGUGUGGAAAUAAAUGACCACACAAUAUUUCACCAACAUGGCAGAAAGGAAUAGUUCAUCUCAAAAUUUUUAUUUGAUGUUUGUUUACUCAUCAUCAGGCCAUCUAAGAUGGAGGUGACGUUGUGUAUUCUGUAGAGGUUAUGAUUGGUUGGUGAUUUUUAAAAUGCAAGCCGAUGGCUACUGGCACUUUAAGAGUCAAAAAAACAUAUACAGUUUACACAAAAUUAAUACUUGCAGCUCAUGAUGAUGCAUUUCUCCUGAAGCUAAAAGUUUAUUUACAUCGUUGUUAGCUUUAUUACACAUUUUCAACAAACAAUCAUCGUGAAAACAGAUCUGUUUGAAAGUAAAAUAUGCAGAAAGAUAAAAAAACACUAAUAUUUAUAUUAUGUGUAAUUAUGUAACAGGCGGCAUGGUGGCUCAGUGGGUAGCGCUGUCGACUCACAGCAAGAAGGUCACUGGUUCAAGGCCCGGCUGGGUCAGUUGGCAUUUCUGUGUGGAGUUUGCAUGUUCUCCCCAUGUUCACGUGGGUUUCCACCGGGUGCUCUGGUUUCCCCCACAGUCUAAAGAAGCAUGCGGUUUUUGUGAAUUGAUCAACUAAAUUGGCUGUAGUGUAUGAGUGUGAAUGUGUGUUUACCAAUACUGGGUUGCAGCUGCAAGGCAUCUUCUGCGUAAAACAUAUGCUGUAAUAGUUGGCGGUUCAUUCCACUGUGGUGACCUCUGAAAUAGGGACUAAGCCGAAGGAAAAUAAAUGAAUGAAUGAAUGAAUGAGUAAUUGUGUAACAACACUAAGAUAUUUGAGACCUUGCUUAAUUGUGAUUCAGUCAAUGAGCUGAUGCUAUUUGUUUACAAUGGACAGAAAGGUGAUGUACUGUUCAUCAAAAUUGUAGGCCUACUUUUAUUAGUGUGCACAAUCUCAAUUGAUUGCUAAUAGAUUUGACUGGCUUGAUCAACGUCUUUAUGAGACAAGAAGCUUGCAAUAUCCUGACUCAGGCCUGUAGCCAGAGGGGGUUCAAGUGGUUUGAAAGACCCAUCCCUGACAAAGGUCCAGAAUUUGUCCCAUACAUGAGCUAAUUUGUCCUAUUUUGACUGUAGAUGCCAUCAUAAAUAGUGAAAAUAACCCAUUGAAAAAGGUUUUAUGACCAAGCAGAAUCCGCUGUUAGCGGUUGCUUUGGUGUGACUUCAGAUAAUCAGUUUUGGCCAAUGCACACAAGAGUUCAACAUUCAGCUGUGCAAGAAAACAUACAAUCUAACAUAAGUGAAGUCAUCUUUCACUACUGUAUUGUAUGAAAUAGAGAAAAUAGUUUACAAGUAACUUUUAUUGUUAAUCUUAGACCUUAUUCUUGAAUCAAACAAUGACCAAUAAAAAGGUGUGAAGCAACAAAAGCAACCGAUAUUAAAUGUAAUGUGAAACAUUUUGGCAAUUGUUGUUAUCCAUGAAUUUUCAAACAUACUUUUUUGGUAAUGAUGACCAUCCGCCAAUUUAUUUAAUCUAAAAUAGUGCUCAAAAUGUCAUUAAACUGCAGUAUUUAAACCUCAUAAUUAAAUAGCCUAAAUGAAGCCUAUAACCGCAAAAAGAUCCACUUUUUGAGAAAAAAACCCUCCCCUUUCACCAGGCUGGCUACAAGCCUGUAACUGUCGUAAACACAACUAGAACCAUUUGUCCAAGCUGUGCAUUAAAAAUUAUAAAGUUGUAAGUAAAUAAUGUUCAGAUUUUAGCAAUAAUUUCACUUCAUAAAACUUUGUUAGUUUCUUUGUUUGUUUUUUGACUCUCAAAAUGUCAGUAUCCAAAGGCCAAGGUUACACGUCACUGUUAAAUAUCAUCGUUAACAUGGGCUACUCCUUUAGAAAAAAGGUCACAUGCUUUAUGAAAGAACUGAGGGUGAGUAAAUUAACAUGAAAUCAAUGGUUAAACGAGUGUAAUCAAGAAGAACCAUGUCUUUUGGACAAUUCAUAAUGAAUGAGGCUAUGGACGUUUAUUUAAAGUACUGGUGUUUGUAAUAUUGUCAUUUUUGAUGUCACUGUUUUCAGUGUUUUUAUGUCUAACUUAUACAAACUAUUUGUCUUGAAAUUAAGACAAACUGAACUGAAGUUGUAGGUGUAAAUAUGUUGGAUUUUUGUGGUGAAUCAAUGCCUUUAUUCUGGCUGAAUUAUGAAAUGCUACAAAUAAAAUGGUAAUAACAUA